UCUGAGGUGCUGGUUGUCUUGGGCCAAUUCAAUGUCCAGUGUUUAGUUUAAAGUACAAAUUUUGAAAAUGAAAUUGUUUGGACUUUUGAUGUUACAGACUUUAAUCUUUGUUAUAGAAUGUCACAGAUUAAGGCCAAUUAGCAAGUCAUUUUACCGCAAAGUUUUGAACAAAUAUUAUGGCCCGAGACGAAUAGCGCAGCCCUCGUAUAUUUGGAACAAACGCGGACGUAUAGGAGAAAAUUUCAAUAAUUUGAGGAAAUUUGGAAAGAUACCGGGACAUGUCCCUGCUCCAUAUCCAAAGAUGAAAUUGGAUGGCGUUAAUGCCAGAGUUAUUCCUAUACAGGUCGCCAAAAAGGCUAUUAAAGUUUGGAAAGAAACAGAAAUUAAUUUUGACUACAGUAAACGUCCAAGAAUGUGUCCUCAAAAUUUCAUAGCUAAAUGUUAUAAGUUCCCGUAUUACGUUCUCAACGGGAAGCCAACAAGAAAAUGUGUGACAUUAUGUAAAGGGAAGCCAUGUUUUAAACCAUGCAUCUGUAAGUGCCAACCUAAGGCCAAGGUCAAAUUCUCUAAAGUUUUAAUUCCGCAUUUGUUGAUACCAGUAGAAAAACAACAGCUUAUACCCUUUUGUAAUAAACAUCAGACUGUAUCCUGUACAGCGCAGAUUUAUGGUGAAUCCACGAACUAUUUAUGUGCUCUUGGCUGUGGUGAAGGGGUAUGUCCUUUAACCUGUAACUGUCAAUGUGUAGCCAACAGACCAGGAAGAACCAUUAUAAGUGAAGUUGUUGGCAAUUCUAACAGUUUAAGUGUAAGAAGAGACCUCAAUUUAAAUGAACAACACAACUUUGAUGCGAAGCUCGGACUUGGAAUGGCUGUUGGUGGACAUAUAGACGGAGGCAUUCGUAGAACUGUUGGAGAGAUGACAGAUAUUGGAAACGGAAUAGUUUUUGAUGGUCCUGAGUUAGGCUUAGGAGAUAAUUUUGGAGCCAGCAAUGGUGCUGUGGCUAUUUUUGACGGCGUGCACCUACCCUUUCCUAGAACCAGUAAUCAUGGUAAUGGGGUAUUAAUAUCUGAAGGAGGAAACAUUGUUGGAGGAGUUCAAAAUAUUGGUGGUGGCGACAGAACAGUUAUAUGGGAUGGACCAGAUGGAGUUAUACUGAACAAUGGACUUCCGGUAUUUGGCAAUAACUUUCCUCAACCGUUACCUGGUGUAUCAGGCGAUGCGUUUGCUGAACCAAUAAAACUGAUCUCGCCUAUUGAUGGUUCAGUUGCAGGUCCAAUACAAGCACAAGAGCCGGCAAUCGCACCACUUCAUGGUAUAGAAACUGAAACAGUACAAGUGAAAAUCGAUGUUCACAGUCCUGUGGGUCCGGGACAGGGACUAGGAGCAAAUGGAGGACUAGGUGGUAAUAGUGGGCAUGGUGGCAGUGGUGUUCAAGGCCAUGGUGGUCAAGGUCAUGGCCAUGGUCACAUUGCUACACAUACAAAUGGGGUAAAUGGUCAUAAUUCAGGGGCUGGUGGAAUACUUGUAGGCAAUCUGUUUGAUAUAGCCGCUGGAAACAAUGGUGGUGUAGGCAAUCAUGAAGUAGGAGGUACAAAUAUGGGACAUGGUUUCACUGAUUUUGGUACAGGUAAUGGCAAUGGUGGAGGUCAUAUUGGAACGGGUGGGAACGGAGGUCAUGGUAAAAGAGGAGGUCAUCUUGGAAUGGACGGGGCUGGAGGUCAUGGUAAUGGAGGUCAUACUGGAAUAGACGGGACUGGAGCUCAUGGUAAUGGUGGUGGUCAUGGUAAUGGAGGAGGUCAUUUUGGAAUGGGCGGGGCUGGAGGUCAUGGUAAUGGUGGUGGUCAUGGUAACGGAGGAGGUCAUGGUGGAAUUGGCGGGGCUGGAGGUCAUGGUAAUGGGGGUAGUCAUGGUAAUGGAGGAGGUCAUGGUGGAAAUGGUGGAGCUGGAGGUCAUGGCGGAAAAGGCGGAACUGGGAGUAAUAACGGACAUGGUGGUGGUGGAAGUAAGGGAGGACACGGAACUAAUUCCGGGAUCGGAUCCUCAAAUAACUUAAAACUUAAGAUACCUGGAUCUGGUAAUAAACCUGGGGGAGCCAUUAACCUCGACCUCAGUGGUAUACUUGCCCAAUUGCCUGGUAUGGGUCUUGGUGGUGAAGGUAAUGAAAUUUUUAAUGCAGUUGGUGGGAAUGGAAUUGGCGGAAAAGGCGGUAUAGACUUAUUUGGAGGUAAUUCAAUGACUUCUACGGGGCCAGGGUUUGAUCUUUUUGGUGGUUCAAAGAGGUCAGAUACUUCACCAUUUGGUAAAUUAGGAACAGAUAUGCCAUUCGAUGCAUUUAAUCUGGGAUCAAUGUCUUCGGCCGGAACCGCUGGGAAUAAAGCAGGUAAAGGGAAUCCUGCUAUGGAUGUCGGAAUGGCUUCACUCUUUUCACAAAUGAUGGGAGGUGGCAGUGUAACAGGAAGGGCUGAAAAAGAAGAUCGCUGUUUAACAGGAACUGUUCUAUCUUGCACCGUAACACCAGAAUGGAGCCAUACUCCAGGACUACUUAAAUGGUGUAAUAACAAUUGCCCUAAAGGCCUCUGUGAUAUAGAGAGAUGUAACUGUACAUGUAUGACACAAGAUGAACUUCUACUUUCUAAACUUAUCUAACUCAGACUUUGUUUUCUAUGGAAUUGUACAUUCCGUUUAAAAGUACCAUUGAAACGGUUCAUUAUCCGAUAAAACUUUCAUUAAUUGAUUAUUCACUCGCUCACAAUUUAAGUUAAAAUUAUGUCUGUGAAAUCGAACUCGUUCAAAGAUGCUGUGAAUUCAUUUAAAAUCUUAUAUAUCAAUUUUCGUCCAUUGUGAAAAAAUUGUAUUUUUUGGAUAUUUCAUUUCGUGGUUUAAACAAAUUCUGCUUAACAUAUUGAAUACAAUUAUUAUUUUGUUGAUCACUUAAAUUAUUGGUUCAAAUAUACCCGCGAAAUCUACAAAAAUUACACAUGAAAUCCACGGAAAUCAGUAAACUCAUGAAUAAUAACUCGGUAUAUAAACAUUAAAUGUGGAAUGAUGUUGUCAAUGAGACAAGUAUCCAUCAGAUAUAUAAAUAAGAAGAUGUGGUAUGAGUGCCAAUGAGACAACUAUCCAUCCAAGUCACAAGGUGUAAAAAGUAAACAAUUAUAGGUCAAAGUACGGCCUUCAACACGGAGCAUUGAAUCCAUAUGACGUGGAUGUAAGCAUUUAUGACGGCCUGGAUCUGGUUUACAGAAAAGAGGAUAAUGGACCAAUACUGCAGACAAAUGGGCCAAAAAAUACCGAAAAGAGAAAAAUAGGCCAAAGAAAAUUAGAAUUGAGAAUGAAAGGGUAUUAAAAAAUAAAAUAUACAAUAAUGGGCAAAAAUUUAAAGAAUAGAGAAAAAUGACAUAAAAAAUUAAAGAAGAUAGAAAUGAAGGACCCCAUCCAGACCCUCAACUAUAGGUCACCGUACAACCUUCUAUAAUAAACAAAACACAUACAGUAUAAUCAGUAUAUAACUAAUAUGGUAAUCAACUACGGACUGAGGGAAUCAGUUCUGUCUUACCUUGGUAAUUACUUAUCAGUAUCACUAUCAAUGUAAAUUGCAUAUACAGAACUUUCUUACAUUUAACGAAACAUUGUCCUCUAUAACGAAUUUUAAAGAGUCAUUUGUUUCUACGGGCUUAUGAUAAGCAAGAACGAUUUUAGUUCUGUACAGCGACUAUUUUCACAAAAUAUCUGACGAUAAAAAUUGACCGUAAUUUAUACUGAUAUGAGUAUUUUUAAAUCACUCGUAAUACUUUUUGUGAAAAGAGCCACUGUACAAAAAUUGGUUAUUCUAAACAUUUCGAUAGGUUCAUGUACAAAUGAUAGACAACAAUACAAAACAAAAUUUUGAAAAAAUAUGUUUUGAAUCGUUUACAUUUCCCUUUCAUUUUUUCGUGUAUUAAAAUAUCAGACGGUAUUUCUUUUUAAAUAAAUCAUCGAAAUAUUUCUAAGUGGUGCGAAUUUCCAGUAAGAGUUAUCUCCCGCCCAUUAAGACUUCUUCGUCUACACGGCAAAUAUUACAGCAUCUGUUCUCUUGAUAGGUUAAGCUGUGAUAAAUUUAUUUUCUUCGUGUAUCAUUCUUAAAAUAUUUGGUUAAUACACGCUGAAAGGACGAGUGUUUUGUAGAGAUUUUGUGCAAAUAAAGUCGUUUGGUGCACUUGAUGUUUCAUUCAAUAAAUUCAUACUACCGGUAUACCAGAAAACAACCACAUUUAAAAAAUACAUUAUUUUAGUUGAUAUCUGGAUUUUGUAGUCUUUUGGUAUAUUUUUAACUCAUUUUUGAAAUUCAAAAAAAUUCUUGAAAGUGACUCAUUGAGAAUUUAAAUCUAUACCGGUUUUUUCUGCACCGGAUAUAUAUAGUACAACAGUACAACAGUCCACACCAACCACCAACACUCGACUCCUUCGAGAAAAUAAUCGUACAGACAACAUCGACGAACAACACUUGGUCAAGGUAGCCCUUCUUUGUACAGGCACACAACGUGGUUACGUGCGGACAAUCACCCCUUCGCCUAUUUAGACCAUUAACUAGAAAAGUAAAACCCACACUUAUAAACCUCCACACGAUACUAUCUUUUCCGUGAUGAUCGAAGCCAAAAUGUUAAAUUUAUUUUUGAUCUUAUAUGAACAUUGAAGUGAAAAAAAAAUAACCAACCACAGACAUAAAAGGAGAGCCUCAAUGUAUGAAUGAGAGAGAUACAUUUCUUAAUUUCAAAGAUUUCCAAAGUUUUAUCGCUGCAAAUUUAAUAAAAAACAUAUCCGUAUUGUCAUGCUAGUAUGAACACAUAAUUUUGAUAACAGUCGCAUUGAAUGAUUUCAGUCAUAAAGGGAAAAUGUCUUUGUUAUUGAUAUACGUUAUAUACACCUUAUAUUUUCUAAAACUAUCAUUUUUGUUUCUUAAUCAGAAUGAACGACAACCGGUUGUUUAUUCUAUAAUAAAAUCUUCAUAGAAACACAUA